UGUUGGCAGCUGCCGGGCGGUCCUGCGGAGCGAGCGGGCGGGCGGGCGAGCCGUGCGAGAGCGAGCCGCGGGGAAAUAAAAGGGGACGGCUGGGAUUCGGCUGCUAGAACUCGGCACCCACGUCUCUGCGCGGAGCGCCCGGCGCGCCAGGAAGGGCUUUUCCCCCCCACACCUAUGUGCUGCUGAGCCGGUCCUGGACCCGUCGAUCCCGCCCUCGGUCUUCGGAGCAGAAAUCGCCAAGACGGAAGGACUGGAAAUGGCAGACCAUAUGAUGGCCUUGAACCACGGGCGCUUCCCGGACGGCUCCAACGGGCUGCACCACCACCCGGCCCACCGCAUGAGCAUGGGGCAGUUCCCGAACCCGCACCACCACCAGCAGCAGCAACAGCAGCAGCCCCAGCACGCCUUCAACGCCCUGAUGGGCGAACACAUACACUACGGCGCGGGCGGCAUGAACGCCACCAGCGGCAUCCGGCACGCCAUGGGGCCGGGGACGGUGAACGGAGGGCACCCGGCCAGCGCGCUGGCCCCCGCCGCCAGGUUUAACAACUCCCAGUUCAUGGGCCCCCCGGUGGCCAGCCAGGGCGGCUCGCUGCCCGCCAGCAUGCAACUGCAGAAGCUCAACAACCAGUAUUUCAACCACCACCCCUACCCCCACAACCACUACAUGCCGGAUUUGCACCCUGCCGCGGGCCACCAGAUGAACGGGACCAACCAGCACUUCCGAGAUUGCAACCCCAAGCACAGCGGCGGCAGCGGCGCCCCCGGCGGCUCGGGCGGCAGCGCCACCCCCGGGGGCUCCGGAGGCUCCGGCGGCGGCUCGGGCGGUGGCGCGGGCAGCGGGAGCAGCGCGGGCGGCAGCGGCGGAGGCGGCAGCGCCAUGCCCGCCUCGGUGGCCCACGUCCCCGCAGCGAUGCUGCCGCCCAAUGUCAUAGACACUGAUUUCAUCGACGAGGAAGUGCUUAUGUCCUUAGUGAUCGAAAUGGGCUUGGACCGCAUCAAGGAGCUGCCUGAACUCUGGCUGGGGCAAAAUGAGUUUGAUUUUAUGACGGACUUCGUGUGCAAACAGCAGCCCAGUAGAGUGAGCUGCUGACUGGGGUCGAGAGAAAUCAGACCCCCUCCCCACCCCCACCCCAACUUCUUCGGUGUGAAUUAAGACAAAAAAAAAAACCACAAGAAAAAGGCAAAAAAAAAAAGGCAAAAAAAAAAAACCACCCCAAAAACAAACAAACACAAAAAAAAACAAAAAAAAAAAGAAAAGAAAAUCAUUCCCUUAGACACAGUAUCUCACUUUUCAGAUCCUGAAAGGUUUGAGAACUUGGAAACAAAGUAAACUAUAAACUUGUACAAAUUGGUUUUAAAAAGAAAUCGCUGCCACUUUUUUUUUCCUCCUGUUUUUGUUUCGUUUUUGUAGCCUUGACAUUGACUUCCCUGAUGUAGUUGAAAUAUCUCUUAGCUAACUUGGGUCUCUUUUUUGUUGUUGUUGUUGUUUGUUUUGACUCCUUAUUUCCUCACUUUCUCCAGUGCUCAACUGUUAGAUGUUAACCUUGGCAAACUGCUUAAUCUUGUGGAUUUUGUACAUGGUCUCAAAUGACUGAGCUGCAUUCAGAUUUACGAGGGAAAGGAAAAAAAAAUAAUUGCAUUUAGUGGGUUGCAUGAACUUUUGAAGGGCAGAUAUUACUGCACAAACUCUGCCAUCUCGCUUCGUUUUUUUAACUAUGCAUUUGAGUACAGACUUAACUUUAAAAAUAAUAAUAAUAAUAUGCUAAACUGGAAGAUGAAACACAUGUGGGUCAAAACCGUUCUGGAUCAGGAAAAGUUAUACUGUUGUUCACUUUCAACUUGGCUGCCCCCCCACCCCCGCCCCCGUAUGUACAGAAUAGUAGGGUGUGGAAUGUAGUCAGUGGCAAACAUUUCACAGAUUUUUAUUUUGUUUCUGUCUUCAACAUUUUUGACACUGUGCUAAUAGUUAUAUUCAGUACAUGAAAAGAUACUACUGUGUUGAAAGCUUUUUAGGAAAUUUUGACAGUAUUUUUGUACAAAACAUUUUUUUGAAAAAAUACUUGUUAAUUUAUUCUAUUUUAAUUUGCCAAUGUCAAUAAAAAGUUAAGAAAUACU